CGUUAGCAWAWCUGAYCCAACUGUUCGUARAKGCACUCAAYACMCCUGGUGCUGUACCCAACGUACAAAACGCCUGGGACACAUUUGUACAAACCAAAUGCAGCGAGGUCUUAGCUGAUGCUGUGAAGGUAUACGAACAGGAAAUGACGUCAUUCGUCGAGAAGGAAAUUCCUUGUGAAGCCGAUUUGUUACGAUCUGCGCAUGACAACGCCAUGGAAAAGUGCCUUAAAAUGUUCCACGAUGAGACUUUUUCGUUUUCUACCAAAAGUGUUGACAAGUACUUAAAAAAACUGACGGACAAAACCAAUUUCACCUUCUCAUCGUGGCUUGAGAAGAACAACAUAGAAACAGAAACCUUUUGCACUCAGCUUAUCAAAGAACUCAAGCGAACCAUCCUUGACCCGGUCCUUGCUCGCCUUCGUAGUCAAGAAGGAUCCAAGAUGCAGUUCGGUGACAUUGUUGCUGCUUACAAUGAAAUCCAGUAAAAGUAUUCGAGCAACGCUCGUGGUGCUAAGGAUGUCCAGGCAUCGGUGUUUAUGAACUUCCAUCCGGAACUUCAAAAGGAAAUGGAGCAAAACAUCGAAGUCUUGCAACAGAUGAAAGACUACGACGAGUCCCUGGCUAAGGAAAAAGCCGCCAAAGCUGCAUUAGAGGAAAGGAGACAGAAAAUUGAGGAAGAGAAAGCUCGUUUCGAGGAAGAGAUGAAAAACAAAGAAAGAGAGAUGGAGGUCCUUCGUCAAAAGCAACAAGAAGAGAAAGCCAGACUGCAAGAGCUUUUUGAGAAGAACUUGAAAGACCAGCGCGAACAGGUAGCAAACAUGAUGGAGGCAAACUUUGAAGAGCAAAGAAAAGACAGAGAAGCUGCCUUGGCUCGUCAGAAAACCAUAGAAGACAUGUUUGACAUGAUGAAAUCGUCACUAGAGAGUAGAGAUAGAAAGAUACAACUUGAGCGAGAACAAAUGGACAAUCUGAUUGCUACACUCCAAAGACCAAAAAGCCCCGACAAUGGCUGCCUCAUUCUCUGACUUGGACAACAAGUCAAGACAAACCUCACAAGAAAAAGAGGCUUUAGUUUCAGAUGAUUCCUUAAUAGUCAUGUGACAUUAGAUGUUUAUUUCUCAUUUCACUUGGGUUUUAGAAAUACAAUAAAGAAAUAAUAACAGUAAAUACAUGUAACCAAUUCUAUUGRUAAAGAUUCGCAUUUGUUUUUCAUGAUGCAUCAGUUAUUUUGUUUUCGGCUGACGAAAAGCCACAAAGAACGACUCUAAGCUUUUGUGAAACGAUUCAUUGUUAGAUAUUCAGCCAUAAAAAUACCAAUAACAGCAUGAACUAAGUGUAUGUGGAAUAUAUUAAAAGCAACGAGCAUUCAA